AUGCCCCCUCUCAUCCGGCGGAGACCGCUUCUCGAGCGUAUCAAGGCCUUUUUGAACCCUCUUGACUUUCUGUUAUGGCUUUCGGAGGAGCUCGACUCCAGUGAUUGGGAACAGUGGGAGAAGGAGUGGGCGCUACCCGUUGGAAUCGCGUUGAACGUUUUGUUUCUCGUUGCGCGUGCAAAUAGCCAGAAGAGCAGCAGGGCUCAUGACGACGUGUUUGGAGAUGAAGGAGGUGUAAGCUAUAUAGCCUGGCUGGCAUCGUUCAUCGUUCAUGCGCUGGCGCUUCUGUCCAUCUCAAAUGCGCUAUAUGCAUUCUGCCGGACGCGCCCCUACCGCUUAUUUGAAGUGCCUAUUGAGAACGUACCAUCAACACCCUCUGCCAAACGAGUGCAAGUGAACUCCUCGCCGAUGUCAUCCACACCCCUGCGCUUCAUUUCCGACGUUCUAUCUUCUAGCUCAGCGGAGAAGAGGGCACAUCCCGAUGCGCACCGUGAUGUAUGGCAGCUCUCUGUCUGGGAUCCGCACCCAAUUUCUAUUCGACUGUUUUGUCUUUUUAGUCCUGGUCAUAUUCUCGUGUAUUGGUUAUUCCUGCCUACGCUCUCCUCGGAUCCCCGGCCCAGUGUAACGAUAGUGACGACUAUAUUUUUGGCAUUGCUAUUGACAGCGCAAAUGUCUACCCUUUCGGCCUUCUAUUCCCAGCAAGCUAAAGAUUCAGCUUUGGUCCAUAAAGAGGUUUUGAAUGAAUACGAUACGAAAUUCGUCCACCCAAGAACAGAUCCGGACGUUCGCGACGUUGCCACACAGUUUUCACAGGCAGAUCAUUUUAUCCCACAUAAGGAUGAAAAGUAUAAUGUGGUAGAAACUUAUGCACCAUCCACCACACAACACACUUUUAAGACUCGCCCAAACCCCAACUACAUCCAUCACGUCGAUCCCGAUUACCGUGUAAAAACCCGACCACAGGUGACUCCUAGAACCUCUCUGUCAACACUGCAAGUUACGUCCACCGGUUCUAUACAACGGACGACUGAUAUACAAACACCCUCUUAUACUGUGGACACAUUUACACCCAUUAACAAGAAAAGUGGUGCCAUUCGCCAACCGCAAUUCAGACCACCAUCUGGUACGGGCGAUGGAGGAAGUCUUGGGGUAUAUUCCCAUGCUCAAUCUCCCUUACGAAAGUCAGCAACACCCUAUUUGGACCGGAGGCAAAGUUCUGCCUACCGAGAUUCUGACGGCGCUCAUAGUCCCAGGAAAUCUCCAAGCAGCCCUCUCAAGCGUUCAAGUGUGGCGGGUGAUAUGAGCUCCAUUCUGUCAUCUAGCCGGAGAUCUCGGCUUGCGGACGUACUUUCUCCUAGGAGGGAAAGUGGGCGUUUUUGA